AGUCGUUCUUCAGCGGCCAAAUUGGAAGGUUGGUUUUGUUUACGGUUGAAUACAGGAAAACUCUAAAAACCACGUGGACAGUUUGAAUUAAUUUUUUUUUUGAUAAAAAUAUUUAUUUAUCUUUUCACAUACGUAAAACCUAAAAUUUUUAAAACAAAAUGUCCGGCCGCAAUUGUUUUUUAAUACUCGAAGACUCAACUGUCCUCUCGGGUAAUGCAUUUGGUGCAGAAAUACCAGUCGAUGGGGAAGUUGUAUUUCAGACUGGCAUGGUCGGUUAUACAGAAUCGAUGACUGAUCGUUCUUAUCGUGCACAAUUACUUGUGCUUACCUAUCCAUUGAUAGGCAAUUAUGGCAUUCCUGAAUACUCUGAAAUGGAUGAAUAUGGUUUACCCAAACAUUUUGAAUGGUUUAACGAUAUAUCAGUAGCUGCCUUAAUAGUAGGUGAAAUCUGUGAAAAACCUUCACACUGGCGCUCAAAACUAACACUCUCCAAGUGGAUGGAAACAAAAGGCAUACCUGGUAUAAGUGGUAUCGAUACACGUUCAUUAACAAAAAAGCUACGUGAAAAAGGUUCCAUUUUGGGUCGCGUUGUGUACGAAUUACCCGAUAAUAUAAAUAACUUUAAUUUUAAUGAUCCAAACAAAAGAAACUUAGUUGCGGAAUGCUCUUUAACAAGUACCAGAAAAUUUGGUCCUGAAAGUGGUGCAAUUAGAAUUUGCGCUAUUGACUGUGGCUUGAAGUUAAACCAAAUUAGAUGUCUUUUAUCGCGUGGUGCAUCUGUUGAAGUGGUGCCUUGGAAUCAUGCUUUGGAUGAAACUCAAUUUGAUGGCUUAUUUAUUAGUAACGGUCCUGGCGAUCCAGUUGUAUGUAAAGACACUGUAUCGCAAAUAGCGAAGGUUUAUAAAAAUGGACAGAAACCAAUUUUUGGUAUUUGCUUAGGUCAUCAAUUGCUUGCCACAGCCAUUGGUUGCAAAACAUAUAAAAUGAAAUAUGGGAAUCGCGGUCAUAACUUACCUUGCGUUCAUAACGGCACAGGACGUUGUUUUAUGACUUCACAAAAUCAUGGAUUCGCUGUGGAUACUAAGACAUUACCCGCUGAUUGGGAGCCACUUUUUACAAAUGCGAAUGACAACACCAAUGAAGGAAUCAUACACAAAACGAAACCCUAUUUCUCUGUGCAAUUUCAUCCUGAGCACUCAGCCGGCCCCGAAGACUUAGAGCUAUUAUUUGAUGUUUUUCUUGAUGUUGUUAAGCAACAAGCUUCUCAGAAAGCUAGCGUAAGUCUACGUAAACAAUUAACUGAACGCCUAACAUACGUACCGAAACCAGAAACUUUGCUCGAAAAACGUCCUCGCAAAGUUUUAAUACUUGGUUCUGGUGGUUUAUCUAUAGGCCAAGCUGGAGAAUUCGAUUACUCUGGAUCACAAGCCAUAAAAGCACUUAAAGAAGAAAAAAUUCAAACUAUAUUAAUCAAUCCCAAUAUUGCAACUGUUCAAACUUCAAAAGGCCUUGCAGAUAAAUGUUACUUCCUACCUUUAACACCAGAAUACGUAGAGCAAGUAAUUAAAGCUGAGCGCCCCAAUGGAGUGUUACUCACGUUUGGCGGACAAACUGCUUUAAAUUGUGGGGUAGAACUCGAACGCGCUGGAAUAUUUGCUAAAUAUAACGUAAGAAUUCUUGGCACACCCAUACAAUCCAUUAUUGAAACUGAAGAUCGUAAGAUAUUUGCUGAUCGUGUAAAUGAAAUUGGUGAACGUGUUGCACCAUCAGAGGCUGUUUACUCAGUUGAAGAAGCGCUUGAAGCUGCAACGCGUCUAGGAUAUCCUGUUAUGGCAAGAGCAGCAUUUUCUUUAGGUGGCUUAGGAUCUGGCUUUGCCAACAAUGAAACUGAAUUGGAAACGCUUUCACGACAGGCUUUGGCGCAUUCCAGUCAAUUAAUUAUUGAUAAAUCCCUUAAAGGCUGGAAGGAAGUUGAGUAUGAAGUUGUAAGGGAUGCUUUUGAUAACUGUAUUACAGUUUGUAAUAUGGAAAACUUAGAUCCAUUAGGUAUACAUACUGGAGAAAGUAUUGUUGUUGCUCCAUCGCAAACCUUGUCAAACAAAGAAUACAAUAUGCUGCGCAGUACUGCCUUAAAGGUAAUUAGACAUUUUGGAGUAGUAGGCGAAUGUAAUAUACAAUAUGCGUUAAAUCCGAAUUCGGAAGAAUAUUAUAUCAUUGAAGUGAAUGCACGUCUGUCGAGAAGUUCUGCAUUAGCCAGCAAAGCAACGGGAUACCCUUUGGCUUAUGUUGCAGCUAAGUUGUCAUUAGGUGUAGCAUUGCCUACAAUUAAAAAUUCUGUUACUGGUGUUACAACAGCGUGUUUCGAACCCAGUUUGGAUUAUUGCGUAGUAAAAAUACCUCGUUGGGAUUUAUCAAAGUUCAUACGAGUGAGUAAGAAUAUCGGUAGCUCUAUGAAGAGUGUAGGAGAAGUUAUGGCAAUAGGACGAAAUUUCGAAGAAGCCUUUCAAAAAGCAUUACGUAUGGUCGACAAUGCUGUUAAUGGAUUUGAUCCAUUUGUACAACCUCUAAAGAAGGAAGAACUUACUGAACCAACUGAUAAACGUCCAUUUGUGCUUGCUGCAGCUCUUAAAGAUGCCUAUACCGUUGAUGAACUGCAUGACUUAACAAAAAUAGACAAAUGGUUCCUAAACAAAAUGAAGAACAUAAUAGAAUUUUAUGGAGUGCUAGAAACAGCUGGAAACUCGUUAAAAUCUGAAGAAAUACUCGAAGCUAAGCAAAUGGGUUUCUCAGACAAACAAAUUGCAUCAGCUACAAAUAGUACGGAACUAGCAGUACGCAAAAUGCGACAGGAAUUCGGUAUUAAGCCAUUCGUGAAACAAAUAGACACUGUAGCUGGUGAAUGGCCUGCAGCAACUAACUACCUUUAUAUAACGUAUAAUGCGACUGACCACGAUUUGGAAUUCCCAGGUGGCUAUACCAUUGUAGUUGGUUCUGGCGUAUAUCGGAUUGGUUCCUCCGUUGAAUUUGAUUCGUGUGCUGUUGGAUGUUUACGAGAACUACGAAAUCUUGGUAAAUCAACAAUAAUGAUCAACUAUAACCCUGAAACAGUUUCCACUGAUUACGAUAUGUGCGAUCGUUUAUAUUUCGAAGAGAUCUCUUUUGAAAUAGUAAUGGAUAUUUAUGAAAUUGAACAAUCCGAAGGCAUUAUUUUGUCAAUGGGCGGUCAAUUACCAAACAAUAUAGCUAUGGAUCUACAUCGCCAACAAGCAAAGGUAUUAGGCACAUCUCCAGAAUCUAUUGAUAGUGCAGAAAAUCGUUUUAAAUUUUCACGUAUGUUGGAUCGUAAAGGCAUUUUGCAACCACGUUGGAAAGAACUUACAAAUUUAAACAGUGCUAUAGCAUUUUGUGAAGAAGUUGGGUAUCCUUGUUUGGUACGUCCGUCUUAUGUAUUGUCUGGGGCUGCUAUGAAUGUAGCAUACUCAAAUCAGGAUUUGGCGACAUAUUUAACUGCGGCCUCAUUAGUGAGCAAAGAGCAUCCUGUUGUUAUAUCUAAAUUUCUUACUGAAGCAAAAGAAAUCGAUGUCGACGCAGUUGCAGCUGAUGGUGAAAUUCUUUGUAUGGCAGUGUCUGAGCAUGUAGAAAAUGCAGGCGUUCAUUCUGGUGAUGCUACGUUGGUAACUCCACCUCAGGACUUAAAUAAGGAAACACUCGAUAACAUAAAACGUAUUGCACGUGAUUUAGCUGCCCUAUUAGAUGUCACUGGUCCAUUCAAUAUGCAAUUAAUAGCUAAAAACAAUGAACUUAAAGUGAUUGAGUGUAAUGUCCGCGUCUCACGUUCUUUCCCUUUUGUCUCCAAAACACUUAAUCAUGAUUUCGUUGCUACUGCAACCCGUGCUAUCAUUGGUUUACCCGUCGAACCUGUAGAAGUAUUACACGGUGUCGGAAAAGUUGGCGUAAAAGUGCCACAAUUCAGUUUUUCACGACUUGCCGGAGCCGAUGUGCAAUUGGGAGUGGAAAUGGCUUCAACUGGUGAGGUUGCGUGCUUUGGCGAUAAUCGUUAUGAAGCAUAUUUAAAAGCGAUGAUGUCAACUGGUUUCCAAAUACCAAAGAAAGCUGUUUUGCUUUCAAUUGGUAGUUUUAAACAUAAAAUGGAAUUAUUACCGUCUAUUAGAGAUUUAGCUAAAAUGGGUUAUAAACUAUAUGCUUCAAUGGGAACUGGGGAUUUUUAUGCAGAACACGGAGUUGACGUGGAGUCAGUUCAAUGGACUUUUGAUAAAUUUACAUCAGAAGACCCUAAUGGAGAACUACGACACUUAGCAGAAUUUUUAGCUAACAAACAAUUUGAUUUAGUUAUCAAUCUACCUAUGCGCGGUGGAGGUGCUAGGAGAGUUUCCUCCUUCAUGACUCACGGCUAUCGUACACGCCGACUUGCUGUAGACUAUUCCAUACCACUUGUUACAGAUGUUAAAUGUGCUAAAUUACUGGUGGAAUCUAUGCGUAUUACUGGUCGUAAGCCAGCUAUGAAAACACACACUGAUUGUAUGACUUCUCGGCGUAUGGUGACAUUACCAGGCUUUAUAGAUGUUCACGUACAUUUGCGUGAACCUGGUGGCACACAUAAGGAAGAUUUUGCCAGCGGUACAGCAGCAGCAUUAGCAGGUGGUAUAACUAUGGUCUGUGCUAUGCCGAACACUAAUCCAUCUAUUGUUGAUCGCACUACGUUUACACUCUUCCAAGAGCUGGCUAAAAAAGGCGCACGUUGUGAUUAUGCUUUAUACGUCGGAGCUUCGGAUACAAAUUGGCAAAACAUUAAUGAACUUGCUGCACAAGCAGCAGGCUUAAAAAUGUAUCUCAACGACACAUUCAGUACACUUAAAAUGACAGAUAUGACGGUAUGGGAGAAACAUCUUCAAAACUGGCCAAAACGUGCACCCAUUGUUUGCCAUGCUGAAAAACAAACAAUGAGCGCUGUGAUUCUGCUUGCUCAUUUACUGGAUCGCGCCGUACAUAUCUGUCAUGUUGCACGUAGGGAAGAAAUUAUGAUCAUACGUGCUGCAAAAGAAAGAGGAAUACGUGUCACAUGUGAGGUUUGCCCUCACCAUUUGUUUUUAUCUACUAAUGACAUUAAUAAGAUCGGUGCUGGUAGAGCGGAAGUAAGACCAAUAUUGUGCUCACCAGAGGAUCAAGAGGCGUUAUGGGAUAAUUUAGAAUUCAUUGAUGUUUUCGCUACUGAUCAUGCACCACACACUUGGGAAGAAAAAAAUUCUGAAAAGCCACCACCUGGUUUUCCCGGCGUAGAAACAAUUUUGCCCUUGUUGCUCAAAGCUGUAGAUGAAGAGCGUUUAACGCUUGAUGAUAUCAAAAAUAAAUUUUAUCGCAAUCCGAAACGUAUUUUUAGUUUACCUGAGCAACCGAAUACUUACGUUGAGGUUGAUUUAGAUGAAGAAUGGACAAUUUCAAAAGACUACAUGCAUUCCAAAGCGAAAUGGACGCCUUUCGAAGGCACAAAGGUAAAGGGCAGGGUUCAUCGUGUGGUUUUACGAGGUGAAGUUGCAUUUAUCGAUGGUGAAGUAUUGGUAAAUCCUGGUUUCGGGCAAAAUGUACGUAACCAAUACAAUCGAAAAUUGUUGCAACAACAAUCUAUGGAAUCACUUGAAAUUCAAACAUCAUUAGAAGGAAUUGAUAAUCUAAAAGCCUAUGAGCGUAACACAGAACUUGCGUCAGAUUCUCAAACUAAUGAGGCCUUUGCCAAGUUAUUAGCUGAACCGCCUACAAAGGUUAAUGUACACUUCGCUGGUGAUCACAACUUCCUACGCCCUAUUUCACCAUCCCCGCGUAUACGCUGUGAUUCAGCUAGUAAUACUGCUUUAAAAGAACUUAUACAGAAAACUACGGUAAUAAAUGCGCCAUUAAGUCCAGUAACUCAUAGCUUAGUAGGAAAACAUGUGCUCAGUGUUGAUAUGUUUAGUAAGGAGCAAUUAAAUGACAUUUUUAAUUUAGCACAAAUGCUUAAGAGUCGCGUGGUUAAAGAUCGUCCAGUCGAUGAUAUCUUAAAGGGUAAAAUAAUGGCUUCAAUUUUUUAUGAAGUAAGCACACGCACAAGUUGUAGCUUUGCAGCUGCUAUGCAAAGGCUUGGUGGACAAGUAAUUUACAUGGAUCAAACUAGCUCCUCAGUAAAAAAAGGUGAAACUUUGGAAGACAGCAUUGCUGUAACCGCAGGUUAUUCAGAUGUGCUGGUGUUAAGACAUCCCGAAAUAGGUGCAGUUAAGCGCGCCGCUCAACAUUCCCGUAAACCACUGAUAAAUGCUGGUGAUGGUGUUGGCGAACACCCAACUCAAGCAUUGUUAGAUAUUUUCACUAUCCGUGAGGAAAUUGGUACUGUUAAUGGACUCACAAUAACCAUGGUUGGUGAUUUAAAACACGGACGUACAGUACAUUCUUUAGCACGUUUAGUGACACUUUACAACGUUUCACUACAAUAUGUCAGCCCUCCAAAUUUAGGUAUGCCGGAUGAGAUUGUAAGUUAUUUAAAUGCAAGAGGUAUUAACCAAAAGGUAAUGAAAAGCAUAGAAGAAGCAUUGCCUACAACAGAUGUUCUAUACAUGACACGCAUACAAAAAGAACGAUUUACCAGCGAUGAGGAAUAUGAACGGUGUUGCGGUCAUUUCAUUGUCACUCCAAAACUCAUGACAAGAGCCAAUCGCCGCACAAUUGUUAUGCAUCCUCUGCCCAGGGUAUUCGAGAUAAGUAAAGAGUUUGAUUCUGAUCCUAGGGCAGCAUACUUCCGUCAGGCAGAAUAUGGCAUGUACGUUCGCAUGGCUCUACUGGCUAUGGUUGUGGGCUGCAGAACUUAAUGAACUGAGACAAUUUAUAUGAUGCAAGAAAGACAAAUUUUUUUGAUAUAUUUAAACAGAAUUUAAAACAUUAUUAAUAUUUUAU